CCAGGCUCCUGGUAGAAAAACACCGUAGGCUUAGGUGAGGAGAGCGGGCUCUUUAAAAAAAGUCAAGGGCUGCGCUGAUUGGCUGAGGAUCGGAAUCCACUGUCACGGCUAGCUAAUCUGGGAGGCGAGGCCGGGUUCCUGACGCUGUCUAAAGGAUCCCAAGCCUGAAGGCCUCUGCCACCAUUACCCAGUCCUCGCGUCUCCGCCGCCCGCUACCGAGUCACGAUGGGGUUUAUAUUUUCAAAAUCUAUGAAUGAAAACAUGAAAAACCAACAGGAGUUCAUGCUUAUGAAUGCUCGACUUCAGCUGGAAAGGCAGCUAAUAAUGCAGAAUGAAAUGAGAGAAAGACAAAUGGCCAUUCAGAUUGCUUGGUCUCGGGAAUUCCUAAAAUAUUUUGGAACAUUUUUCGGCAUUGCAGCCAUCUCUUUAACAGCUGGAGCAAUAAAAAGGAAGAAGCCAGCCUUCCUCUUCCCUAUCGUUCCAUUAAGCUUUGUCCUUACCUACCAGUAUGACUUGGGCUAUGGAACCCUUAUACAAAGAAUGAAAGGUGAAGCUGAGAACAUACUGGAAACAGAAAAGAGCAAGUUGCAGCUGCCAAAAGGAAUGAUUACUUUUGAAACCCUUGAAAAAUCCAGAAGGGAACAAAGUAAAUUCUUCAUAGACAAAUGAAAUCAUGUUUACACACUGAAUCUUAAAACACAGAAUUGUUGACUUGAAUCAUGGUUUUUACAACUUUUUCAAUGCUCAAGAUUUUGAUAUGGAUUUUAUUUUAAAAUGUUAAAAUGCAAGAUCUGUUUUGUUAAGCUAUUUUAAAAUAAAAUUUAUAACUAUCAACAAAAAAUGGAGGUACUCUAACUUUCAGAUUUCCUAUGUAUGUAUAUUACAAAUAUCUAAGUGCUAAAUUAAUAAACCACAUUGUUUCAAAUUCCUGAA